GGGCGAUUUGCAGGUGACAACCAUUUCCUAAGGACUUCAGUUCAUCGUAGGAGAUACCUCGAUGUGGUCGGGUUGAAGUUUUGAAUUUGGAAUUUCGAAUCACAAUCCUUCUUUGGAUGUUUAUUGUAAACAUUUAAUACGUGGACUUGUUUUUCACUAGGAAUGUAGUGCCUUCAAAAGUGUGGAUUUUUCUUUAAUAUUUUUGUGUAAAAAAUCUGAAAUAAAUUUGAUUACCAACAAAUUGUUUGAGUUUCAACGCGAUCAAAAUGAUGGAAUUUAAGGUGCAGGGCCUUGUGGCCGAUCUCAUGCCUAAUAUUAGGCUCAUGCAAGCUGCCGGCCAUUUUAUGUUCAAUUAUCAUGCGGAUAAUAGUGGUGCGCUACAUACUCUCAGGAUUGGCUAUUCCUGCUUGCAUUUGUUGUUGGUUUUAGCUCAGUUUGGCUUCACUUUUGGCAAUCUGGCAUUGCAAAUGGAUGAUGUGAAUGAUUUAGCUGCAAACACCAUCACGGUUCUAUUCUUUACCCAUUGCAUCACCAAAUUUGUGUAUUUCGCUGUCCGAUCCAAACUCUUUUAUCGGACACUAGGAAUUUGGAACAAUCCCAAUUCUCAUCCGUUGUUCGUAGAAUCAAACAAUCGUUACCACGGCAUCUCCUUAACGAAGAUGCGUCAAGUGCUGAUGAUUGUGUUAGUUGGAACCAUUUUUAGUGCAGUUUGCUGGACUGCAAUUACAUUUGUUGGUGACAGUACCCAUACUCACAAGGACCCCAACAAUGAGAAUGAAACUAUUACUGAGCCCAUUCCACGAUUGUUGAUUAAUUCAUUUUAUCCCUGGAAUGCCAUGUCUGGACUACCAUAUGUACUGUCUCUUGCCUACCAGGUUUACUACGUGCUGUUUUCAAUGCUGCACGCUAACUUGCUGGACGUUCUCUUCUGCUCCUGGUUAAUCUUCGCCUGUGAGCAAUUGCAACAUCUCAAAGGGAUCAUGAAACCUCUAAUGGAACUCUCUGCCACGCUUGACACCUACGUUCCAAAAAGUGCUGAACUGUUUAGAGCUGCAAGUGCCAAUUCACAAGACAAUUUGGUCGAAAAUGACUACAACAACAUGAAGAACGAAGACCUCGACCUCAAGGGCAUUUACAGCACUCAGCAGGAAAUGGGAAUGAACUAUCGUUCGGGAGCACUUCAGCAAUUUGGGAAUGGUGGCGGGAUUGGUCCCAAUGGUCUCACGAGGAAGCAGGAGUUAAUGGUGCGUUCUGCCAUCAGAUACUGGGUUGAGAGACAUAAGCACGUUGUCAGAUUGGUUACGGCUAUUGGAGAUGCCUAUGGAAUUGCCCUCCUGCUUCACAUGUUGACCUCGACUAUCACCUUAACUUUGCUUGCGUACCAGGCAACAAAGAUUGAUGGUGUUACCAAGUACGCCGCCACUGUCCUCGGCUAUCUGUUCUACGCCCUUGCCCAAGUAUUUCUCUUCUGCAUUUUUGGCAACCGCCUCAUUGAAGAAAGCUCAUCGGUCAUGGAAGCCGCUUACAGUUGCCACUGGUAUGAUGGUUCAGAGGAAGCGAAGACUUUCGUCCAGAUCGUCUGUCAACAAUGUCAAAAAGCCAUGUCAAUAUCCGGCGCCAAGUUCUUCACAAUUUCUUUGGAUCUCUUUGCUUCGGUACUUGGUGCAGUAGUCACCUACUUCAUGGUGUUGGUGCAACUCAAAUAAACCACCAAAAAACAAGGAAAUUUGAAGAAACUAAACACAUUAAUUUUGUUACGAUUGCUUUUUAAGAAGUUUAUACAAAUAAGACUUGCAACUGUCGGUAUGAUGAAAAUGUCGCACUUUGCAUCAAGUUUAUUUAAUUUGUAAGUUUUAAAGAUCACCCUAAAAUAUAUUUUGAUAAUAUAAUCUUUGUUUUAAAUGACAGAUAAUAAGACAAAAUAAGCAUUCAAAAGUGUCUUAUUAAAAUAGUGUAUUUUUAACAUUUAAUACCAAUAUUUUUAUGGCAAAUGAAUGCAAAAUGAAUACCAGAUCACGAUACAGUUGGUCAGUUAGCAGUUAAAAGUUACUACCAGAUGACAGAAUUAAAGGUGCCAAGAAAUACAUAGCGGUUUAUUAUUUCAAUAUAAAAUGCCGCAACAAGUUUAUUCGAAACAAAUAAACGUUGUGUACCAUGAUCGCAAUAGAAACAGAUACCUACCUCAUUCUUUUGUUUUAGAAAUUUAACAUAUUAAUAACUGAAAUUUUAAACAUUGUUAUAUUCCACUCCAACAUAAUUGUUGCAGCAGAGGGGAAAUUAUUCAACGCAUUAUUAAAAUUAAAAAGGCACUGAGAUAUUUAAUUGUUAUCCACGUAAAAUUAGAGAUUACUAAAACUAAUAAAUUACCAACAAUCAUUAGAAAAUUUGAUAUUAUAAAUAUAAUUAUUGCUGUUAAGAGAAUUACGAGAUUUAAAAUAAAUAAAUGUGUAUUUAUCAUCACAAA